GCCAGGUAUGGUGGUGGUGCAUGCAGUAAUCCCAGAGCUAGGGAAACUGAAGCUGGAGGAUCGCCCCAAAUUCAAGGCCAGCCUGGGCUACACAGUGAGUUCAAGGCCAGCCUGGACUACAUAGCAAGAUCCUGCCUGGAAAAAGGAAAGCUUGGGAUGAGUGUUGGAGGGCUGCGUGCACUGGGAUGUUGGAUCUGGUCCUGAUUCCUCCUCAUGUCUCAGGAUGUCUCAAGAGAACGACUCUUGGAUGAAAUGCGGCGGCUGUUUGAGAAGAGGCAACGACGGAAGCGCCAAGAACCACUCAUGGUUCGGACCAAUCCCGAUGCUUCUUUGUGGCAUCAGCGAUUGCAGUCGGAGCACUUUGCUAGUGACAGAGCCCCUGUUCUCCGAGAGCACAUGCCAGAAACACAUCCAGACUCCGGGUUCCACAGUCCCCUGGGUGCCACCAUCAACUGUGGUGGAGAUGGCAGCAGGAACUGCUGGGCCCUGGGGUGGCCUACACAAACAGUGGACGAUAGAUACCACCAGAGUGAACCCCAGGAUGUGGAAGAUGGGUACCAGCAGUUCAGGUGGGGAUCCGCCUGUGAAAUGGAUGGCGACAGGAGAAGACAUGGAGACAUGAUACUCUGCACGGUGGGAGGCGGCAUGGUGCUAAGUGACAUUGACCUGGAAGAGGAGAAUGAAGAGUCGUACUGUGUGGGAAUGAACUCCCAAGCAGUGGACAACGAGGCAGUGCCCAGGGCCCUGGAAGGCGAGGUCAGCCGCGAUGUGUGGAGCGUGGCCAGCUUGCUGCCUCUGGCCCCGGGCCCUCAGCCAGGCGAGGACCUGAAGGAGUACAUGCUGCGGCCGCCACAGGAGGGCCAAAGGGUGCAGUGCUGCAUCGGCCGGGACCAGAGGGGCAUGGAGAAGGGUCUUUUCCCCGUGUACUACCUCUACCUAGAGGCAGCCAACAGCUGGAAGCGCUUCCUCCUGGCUGGGCGAAAGAGAAAGUGGAGCAAAACCUCCAAUUAUCUCAUCUCCUUGGACCCAAGGGACCUAUCCCGGGAUGGGGACAACUUUGUGGGCAAAGUCAGGUCCAAUAUCUUGGGCACCAGGUUCGUCAUUUUUGACGAUGGGCUGAAUCCUGAAGAGAAAAACUCGCAUCUGGAUAAGACCUGGAUUAGACAGGAGCUGGGGGCUGUGUGCUAUGAGCCCAAUUUCUGGGGGGCCCGGGGGCCUCGAAAAAUGACUGUGAUCAUCCCAGAAAUCAACAGCCACAACCAGAGAAUCAGGGUCCAGCCAGAAACCGAAGAGGAAUCGAUACUGAGUCGCUUCCAAAGGGGCGUCAGGCAGGGGGUGGUCCUGCUGCAAAACAAACCACCGGUGUGGAGCGAUGAGAGCGACGCCUUCGUGCUCAAUUUUCACGGGCGAGUGACUCGAGCCUCGGUCAAGAACUUCCAGAUCAUCAACCCCAACAAGCCUGACAAAGUGGUGCUGCAGUUCGGCCGUGUGGCUCCAGAUACAUUCACCAUGGACUUCUGCUUCCCUCUUUGCCCACUUCAAGCAUUCGCCAUCUGCUUGUCCAGUUUUGAUGGAAAGCUAGCCUGUGUUUAAUUCAAUAAAAUACCAUCUUUUCUCUG